AGUCGAUAACCUCAACUAUAAAAGGCCCAUCACCACCAAACAUUCCAUACCUCUUCACCAACGCUACAACACAAAUUUCCGGGUUUGAUUACUCUCUCAAUUCCAGAAGAACAAUUCAAGAUUGUACUUUCGAUUUUGUGCUGUUAGUCUAUCAUAUUAAUAUGAGGGACCAAGGACUGGAGAGUGUAGUGAGAUAUUUGGACGAAGACGGAGACGGGAAGGUGUCAGCGGCGGAGCUCCGGCGGCGGCUGGGAAAGGUGGGGGGAGAGAUAUUGUUGAAGGAAGCAGAGACGGCGAUCAAGGCGUUGGAUUCGGACGGAGAUGGGCUGUUGAGUUUGGAGGAUUUGGUGGGAUUAAUGGAAAGAGUGGGAGAGGAAGAGAAGUUGGAAGAUCUAAGAGAAGCUUUUAAGAUGUAUGAUCCAGAAGGGGUUGGGUUCAUAACCCCUAAGAGCUUGAAGAGGAUGCUUAGCAACUUGGGAGAAUCCAAGUCCAUUGAAGAAUGUAAACUCAUGAUUGAUAGGUUUGAUUUGAACGGCGAUGGCGUCCUUAGCUUUGAAGAAUUCAGAAUCAUGAUGGAGUGAACCAAGACAUCAAUCAUGUUACUAUAUUCAUUUCAUCAGUCUCAUUUUUUGGUUUAUUUCUUCAUACAGACACAUGUUGGAAGCACGAUCUUAAAUCGCCAGAAGAACUAGCCUUUUAGUUUAUUUAAUUUGUAUGUUGUUUUUACGUAAAUUUAUUUUUGUUAUACCAAGAGGAAUUAAACUCAUGACAUACAUUUGCCAAGAAUAACAUUCACUUCCUGAUCCUGGAUUGUUUUGUGAGAAACUCAUUCAUAUACAUCUCUGUACAUAGCUUUUUUCUUCUCCUCAAUGACAUAUCGAUAUUAUAUUAUUCCAAUAAAAGUGUAAAACCAUGAACGAAAAAUUCACGGGGAAUAGUCU